AUGUCUGACUCGACAGCCUGGAAAGGUGCAGUGCCAUCCGCAGAGUAUAUGGUAUAUCAUGGCAUUUGGACAAACUGGUCACGAGGACCCGUCAUGGGAGCGACGCUCACUUUGUCUCGCGCUGAUGGAAACUAUCUCCUAGCAUUUACCGCAUUCUUCAUCAGCAUGGUUUCAGCGCGCUUUUGGCGUAUUCUAUGUUUCAUCGCACACAACAAAUUCUCUACCCCGGAGCCGCGUGACGCCGUCCAUCAUCAACGACAAGCAAUUCUCCGAAACUCAGCUUCUGCACCCUCUGGCCUGUGGAUCAUCCUUCAGCUAAUAUGGACAUGGCGCAGGGUCGCCGAUCGGCUAUUGGCUCGUGCGAUGCCAGUCAUCCUUACAGCCGUCAUAUGCGCUGCAGCCUUUACUGUAGCCGGAGGCUUCUCAUCACAACUAUCGACGGGCAUCAGCAAGGAGGUCCUCCUGGACGGAUCUCGCUGCGGAAUUAUCAAUGCAGGUGAUGAUGCUCCGGGAAAUGCUGUGCUUUUCCACGAUUCCAACGGCUUAUCCAACGCCGCAAAUUACGCGCAGCAAUGCUAUUCUGUGAACAUAUCUCGCGCCUUCGACUGUACGACUUUUGUCCAGCCAACGCUUCCCAGUAUCAUUGACCGCAAUGCACCGUGUCCUUUUGACCGUGGAAUCUGCCGAAGCAAUACCUCGAAUAUACAUCUGGAUACUGGCCACAUUGAUAGCAGUCAAUUCCUUGGCAUCAACGCUCCCAGAAGUGAACGCGUCCUGUUUCGGAGUACACUUACAUGCGCACCUUUGGUGACAGAGAAUUAUUCGGAUAACAUUACGCUUCCCUCGGGGAAUUUCACAAGGUACUACUACGGGCCACAACAAAUAUUCAAGUACCAGGAUUUCACCUAUCAGGCUCCAGGUCUGAACUCCCAGUAUCCCAGAAUUAGCGACCACACUAAAUCAAGAGGUAAAAACCUUCAGGUGGCAGUAAUACAAGCAAAACCUCUAAACGGGGCCAUCGUGGAUACCUCAGACUUCAAUCCAAUUUCCGAGCUCUUUCGAGACGACGGAGACUUGACGAUCGCCUUUCUUGUGGGAAAUGGCGUCUGGUACUCGGAGAAGACCACUGAUCCGUGGUAUCGCGGAACGGUCCCAAGUGAAACAUGGCGAUGGUUGUCUCCAAACUCUACUGAUGAGGUGGCUUAUACUCCGGACGAAGCAGCCUCACCCCUUGGCUGCUUGCAGCAGUUUCAGAUCUGCAACGUCGAUGAAAACCAUUGUGGGCCCUUAAAGGGCUUCUACGAUUACCAGUUCCAUUCAGCCAGUGUUUUCAAUAUUUCCGAGGAAGCCAUAGAGAAUGAUGAGUUGUUUGUGGAAAAUAACCCUCUUGGCCAGCGCUUUCAAUGGUUUACCGGCGUCAUGGCAUAUGGGGGAAGCAUAGACAUCUUCAGAGCACUGUCACAACUCGGAGCAUAUUCAUUAUCCUCCCAAAGCUCUAUGAGACAAGGUUAUAUGGGAUUAUUGGCAGAGAAUCAAUGGCAACUUGAUGUAGAACGCUGGUGGUCCAUAGGUCUUGCGUCUAUGCAAGCAGGAAUGGUUGAUGUUGCCGUUGGCCCCACCGAGGCAGCUCUCCAGCCCUACACAAUCCAUCCACCGAGCUCAUACAUUCAAGAUUCCUUCUGCAACAGCCAGAAGAUAUUGACCACAAGGUCUACAUCGUUCAGCCUCUUCGGGAUUUACUUCACCUAUGUGGUCGGCACUAUCAUCGUCAUUGUGUCCUAUUCGCUGGAGCCUGUCCAGAACUUUCUAUAUCGCCGAAAGAAAAUUGCGGAAUACGCUCGUCUGGAAUGGGCGACAACGGAGAGCUUACAACUCCAACGGGUGGCUUAUCAAGGCAUCGGCUCAGGGACAUGGGCAGGUCACUUCGAUGCCGUUCCCAUGACCGAAUCUGAUGAGCUCAUGGGGGACUUGCCUCAUAGUUACCACACUGGCUCAGGAUCGUCUUGUACUGGUCAUGCAAAAUUGAGUGCUGAAAAACUCGACCCGGCCCCGAUAUCACCCCCGUCAACUGGUGAGACCUCAGAAGAGUCCAACGAAUCGGCGGUAGAAGAUAAUAGACAUUUCAUGAGCAGCGCCGAACAAGAGAUUGUUCCGGUAGUAUCUCGCCAUGCUACAGGCUAA